ACACGGAGGCUGACUUCUAAAACAGUUUUUUAUCAAACAUUUGACUCUUCACACAGAAACUUUUCAACUGGUUUCACUCUGAUUUCUGAUGAGUUUCACAACUUUAGAAAUGUAGAAAUGUGUUGAAACCCUGAAAGGUCACAUGACUGGGAUAUUGUGAAUUAUUCUUACUAUAUAUCACUGAAGGCGGGUUAUAUACAAGGAUUUAAUAUGAACAUUGGAUUUUACGUUCAAACACUUUAUUUACUUUAGAAAGACCUCCUCGUGUGCACGCACGGGCACGCGCAGGACUCCCCGCUCGCUACGUGCUAGUCCUGAACUCUGAUUGGCCAAUGGGUGUUCCUCCCUGAGGGAGGGUCCGAUGCGCAUGCGCAGGAGCGGGGGGAGGAGGCGCGUGUUUGAGUUUGAGUUGAGAGUCCGACUGAGGAAACAUUGAUAACGUUUAUAUUCCACUAACAGAAGAGUCUGCGGACACACCGGCAGGAAGCCUCGCUCCUAACCGGCCAAGGAGCCUCAUCGCCGGCAUGAAGGUGGAGUUCGCCCCGCUGAACAUUCCGCUGCGGAGGAGGCUGCAGACCGCCGCCACGCUGCAGUGGGUCUUCUCCUUCCUGGCUCUAGCUCAGUGCUGUCUUGCUGUCUUCGUGCUCUUGGCUCUCUCUGAUUGGUGGAUUGUGGCCCUGCUGUAUGCUGGUUGGCUGUGGCUGGACUGGGACACGCCCACCUGCGGGGGUCGGAGGUCACAGUGGGUCAGGAGCUGGAGCGUCUGGGACUUCUUUAGGGACUACUUCCCUGUGACGCUGGUUAAAACGGUUGAUCUGGAUCCAAAGAAAAACUACAUCUUCGGAUUCCAUCCACAUGGUGUGCUGGUAGCAGGUGCGUUUGGGAACUUUUGUACGGAGGCCACAGGGUUCUCUCGUCUGUUUCCUGGACUCAGGUCUCACCUGCUGAUGCUGCCGUUUUGGUUCAGAGUUCCUCUCUUCAGAGACUACAUUAUGUGUGGAGGCCUGGUGUCAAGCUGUAAAUCCAGCCUGUCUCACCUCGUCAGUCGACCUGGCGGAGGUAACGUUGCUGUCAUCGCAGUGGGCGGAGCUCCAGAGGCUCUGGACGCUCGACCAGGAGCUCUAACACUUCAGGUUCUCAACAGAAAGGGAUUCGUCAAAAUGGCUCUCAAACACGGAGCUCAGCUGGUUCCAGUCUUUUCUUUCGGAGAAAACGAGUUGUUUGAUCAGAUGGAGAAUCCUUCCGGGUCCCCUCUGAGGAAGCUGCAGAAUCUGUUGCAAAGCAUCAUGGGAGUAGCGAUACCUCUGUUUCACGCCAGAGGAGUUUUCCAGUACAGCUUUGGACUGAUACCCUACAGGAAGCCCAUCCACACCGUCGUGGGGAAGCCCAUCGCGGUGGUCCAGACUCCGAGUCCCAGCAGCGAGGACAUCGAGACGCUUCAUAGACUUUACAUGCAGAAUCUCACAGAGCUUUUUGAACAGCACAAACACAACUAUGGUGUUAGUGACGAACAGCACCUGACCUUCAUAUGACCUUUAAACAAAGCACAUGACGUCCUCAUUACCUUUAUAUAAAACCUUAAUAUGAACACCACCGUCAUGACUGUGUGUGUGUGUGUGUGUGUGUGUAUAUAUAUACAUAGGCGUAAUUUAUGUCUAAUGAUGUGACAGAUGUCAUACAGAUGUCUGUUGUGACAUUACAACAAAGAUCCAGUUAUUUGAGUGGGAUAUGAUUCCAUUAAGUACUAAUGUGGGUGGGGUUUCUAACAGGAAGUAUUGACGCAACAACAGAUGUUUAUAUUUACAUGAAAUCAAUAAACAUAUUACAACCAUGAGAA